AUGGAUGCCACCCCGGAUACAGCAUGCCCUGACCCUGGCUCCAUUGCCGCAAACUUCAAGAUAUUACUCAAGCUCCUCCUCGAGCAGCCAUGGAAGGCUCAACUUGUCCAAUUCUAUAUGCACAAGUUUUGGUUUAAGCGGAUCAAGCCCACAUUGGACAAAGAAUGGGUGGUGAUGUAUGCGGCAGCAGUAGCGGCUGAUCAGAAGGAACCUCAGGUUAUGGUGAACAAUCACAUAGAGGUAGCACAGAGGUUAUUAGAGAUGGAUUCCGAGGAGUUUAAUAAGGGAAUACAGGUGGACAUUGAUGAGGAGCAUGCAUAA